CUUGUAUACACCACACAUUGGUAGCUACUUUUAAAAUAAAGCCUAAUGGAUACAUCUUCCCAUCUCUACCUCCUUAUAACAUCAUUCUUACUACUUCAAUGGUUGAUUGUUUAUAGCUCAGCCAACUCAGAUAUAAACAUCGAUCGUUCGUCCCUUGUUGCUUUCAAAUCUCAAAUCUCUUUUGAUCCCCAUAAUAUAUUAGCCAAAAAUUGGAGUAGUGAGAGCAGUAUUUGUAGUUGGAUCGGAGUUACUUGUGAUUCUCGCUAUCACAGGGUGACUCAGUUGAAUAUAUCGUCCUUGGGUCUUGCAGGAACCAUUUCUCCAGAAAUCGGAAAUCUUUCUUUUCUUGUUUCUUUAGAUGUUAGCAAUAACUCUUUUCAUGGUCCUAUUCCCCAUUCUAUUUUCAACAUGUCAUUUUUACAAGUUUUGAAUUUACGGAUGAAUAGUUUAUCUAGUAGCCUACCAGAUGAUAUCUGCAAACACAAUCUGCGUAGACUGAAUUAUCUUCGUAUUUCUCACAACGAGUUGUAUGGGGAAAUACCAUUGAGUUUGGGGCAGUGUUCAAAGCUUGAGUAUCUUUCUUUGUACAACAACAGUUUUAGUGGACAUGUGCCAACACAAAUUGGAAACUUGACAUUGCUUCAAGAAUUAGGUUUGGGUGCUAACUAUUUAAGUGGUAAUAUUCCAAAAGAGAUCGGUGCUCUUACUAAUUUACAAGCUUUGGGCCUUGGUCCCAGCAUGUUAAGUGGCAUUAUUCCGAAUGAAAUUGGGAACUUGACAAUUCUUCAAUAUUUGGACCUUGGUAACAACAUGUUAAGUGGUAAUAUUCCAAAAGAGAUAACUCAGCUUACUAACUUACAAAUCUUGGUCAUGAGUAACAAUAAGUUGUCAGGUUCAUUGCGAAAGGAAAUUGGGAAUAUGACAUCCCUUACCAACUUAUUGAUUAACCGGAAUGAAUUAAGUGGUCAUAUUCCAAAAGGAAUCUUUCUUCUCAAUAAUUUAUAUCAAUUGGAAAUGGCUGACAACCGACUUGGUGAAUCAUUGCCGACGGAAAUUGGUAACACAACCAUCCCAAAUUUGAUCCUUAACAACAAUAAUUUAAGCGGUCCGAUCCCAUCCACCUUUGUGAAUCAAUCAAAACUGAUUAACUUGGAACUCUCUUCCAACAGCUUAAGUGGGGAGAUUCCACCAUCCAUUUGCAACUUGAGAUCCCUCAAACUCCUCUAUUUGUCAAACAAUAGUUUGGAAGGAGUAGUCCCAGAUUGUCUUGGAAACUUUAGCACAUCUCUGUUACUCCUCCAUUUGAAUGCAAAUAAACUUAGUGGUCACAUUCCAUCAACAUUUACAAAGGGUUGCAGUCUUCAGUCCUUCAAUCUGAAUGGAAACAAAUUGGAAGGAACACUACCCCAAACCCUAGUCAACUGCAAUGGACUGAUGGGCAUUAAUAUUGGUGGUAAUAAAAUACAAGGUGAGUUUCCCUUCUGGAUGGAAACACUCCCUGAACUUCGCAUCCUUGUGCUGAGGUCAAAUAAGUUUAAUGGUACAAUGUUGGAGUCUGCAAACACUGAGAAGCCAUUUCCAAAGUUGCAAGUCUUGGAUGUUUCACAAAAUGAAUUUGUUGGCCCGCUACCUGAUAGAUAUUUCAAGAACUUUCAAAGUAUGAUAGAUGCCCAUGAAAAGCAGACCGAUGAUGGAGCAGAUUUGUUUCUGAAAUUUAUAGAGUUGACGCUCACUUUGAAAGGAUUGGAUCAGUUAUUGGAGCGAUUACUAAAUACCUUUACAACUAUUGACUUAUCCUCCAACAAAUUCUCUGGGAGCAUUCCACCUUCUGUAGGGAAUCUUAACUCACUUAGAUACUUGAAUUUGUCUUACAAUACCAUCGAAGGACAUAUACCAUCAUCUCUUGGAGGCAUGAGUUUGCUUGAGUCGUUGGACUUGUCUUCAAACAAAUUGGAUGGAGAAAUUCCAAGUGGAUUGGCGAGGUUAACAUUUCUUGCAAAGUUAAAUCUUUCGAUGAAUAAUCUCGAGGGACAGAUACCACAAUCUACUCAACUUUCCACAUUUGGUAACGAAUCAUAUGUGGGAAAUGCAGGAUUGUGCGGAUUUCCAUUGACAAAAAAAUGUGAGGGGAGUGAUGGAAAACCAGUAUUUCCUCAAGACGAAGAAGAUGGUGAUGAGUACGGAUUUAUAGAUGGAUUUAGUUGGCGAAGUGUGGUGAUGGGGUAUGGAUGUGGAUUUGUAGUUGGAAUUGGGAUUGGUUACAUGAUUAUAAGAAGUGGAAGGCCAAAAUGGUUAGUUAAAUUAUUUUUUGUGGUUGGAUAUAAUAAUAGUAAGACGAAGAGAAGAAAUAGAGCAAAAGCAACACCAAGGAGAAGAUGAUUCAAGACAAACAUUGUGAUUUCCUUGUUUUUCAUUUGUAAAUCUAGCAUGGUGUGUGUAUAUAUGAUGUUUUGUAAUUAUGCUUUAUAAAAUAUGCAAUUAAUGUUGCGUAA